AUGAAGGAGAAACCAGGAAAGUGCCUUAAGGAGAGGAUCAGCUGUAAUGGUAGUGUUCCUGACUUGUGCAGUGUGGACUCUGACUGUGGUGGAUUCCUGAAGUGCUGCUCUUUCGCCUGUGGGAAAAAGUGCAUGGAUCCAUACAAAGGUAGAGACUUCCAGGCUGAGGGCGGAGAACCCUGCAUGCAACCUUUAAACCCAGGAGACUGUAAUGAUUCUUCAGUGCGCUGGUAUUUUGACAUACAAGAAUAUUUAUGCAAACCCUUUAAGUACACAGGUUGCCUUGGGAAUUCCAACAACUUCUUCAACAGGAAAGAAUGCGUGGAAGCUUGCUUCUUUACUGUCAAGGAAGGACGGUGCCCAUACUUCCCUUUCAACAACCAUAUGGACUGUUCAGAUCCAUGUAAGAGUGACAAUGACUGCCCUGGAGCUGAAAAAUGUUGUGGUUCCAUGUGCGGCUUUGUUUGUGCCAUGCCCUGGACAGCUAAAACAGGUUUCUGCCCACGAAUGCCCUCAGUGUGUCCCAAAAUUAAUAAACCCGAGUGUCUGAAAGAUGAGGAUUGCCCACUGAUGGAGAAGUGCUGUUCGCGUUGUGGACUGAGGUGCCUAGAACCCGAAAGCUAG